AUGAUCAGCCUUGGCUCCCACCAGGUCGCCGUCGACUUAAUGGGCAAGAAGGGUUCGACAUACAAUUCUCGUCCUCUGACACUCAUUGCUGGUGAGCACGUUACCAAAGGUCUUCAUGUUGCUUUGAUGCCUUGGGGUCAAACGUGGGAGAAGAAUCGUCAACUGGUCUCAAGGUUCACAACCCGGGCUGCGUCCACGCAAUACCGAUUGCUUUUGGACAUUGAAGAUAAACAAGUUAUACACGACUUGUUGAAGUCCAACGAUUUCACUCCACUUUUCACUCGGUAUGGAGCUAGUGUCACCAAUACUUUGGGCUAUGGAACUCGCUUGGGCCAGGAAGAUCAGGAGCAGUUUCUCAAGGCAGAAGAAUUCGGCCACAAACUUGUCGAGGCAAUGAGUAAAUUCCAUUUUGCCAUUGUCGAACUUUUUCCCCAUUCUUGA